AUGACACGGGGACACGGGGUGACAGACAGGGGGACACGGGGCCGUCCCCACGCGGGACUCGGCGGGGACGAGCCCGCGCUGCCGCCACCAGGGGGCGCGCUGUCCCCCCGGCCCGUGGCCCCGCCCCCUGCAGGCCCCGCCCCCUGCAGGCCCCGCCCCCUGCAGCCUACGCAGCGCCCUUUGCGCGGGGCCACGCCCCCUGCAGGCCCCGCCCCCUGCAGGCCCCGCCCCCUGCAGGCCCCGCCCCCUGCAGGCCCCGCCCCCUGCAGGCCCCGCCCCCUGCAGCCUACGCAGCGCCCUUUGCGCAAGGCCCCGCCCCCUGCAGGCCCCGCCCCCUUUAGGCCCCGCCCACCCGGCGCGCAGCGAGCGGACCCCGCGCAGCUCGGCCCGGCCGGUGAGCGGGGGGCGCGGGGGGUCCGGGGGGGUCCCGGGCUCGGGCGGGGGUCGCGGGCGGCGAACGGAGGGUGCGGAGGCCCCGGAGCCGCCCCCGAGCGCGGCUCCCUCCGCCGCUUCCCGCUGCCGCAUUCCGCAGCGCACGGGUUCGGUGCGGGGGGGGUAGGACAGUACCGGGGCGGGGGUGGCGGGGCCGAGCGGGACCCCCGCGGGCACCGCGGGCACGGCGGGGGUCUCCCGGCCGCUCCCCCCGUGCCGCGGCAGCGCUCGGGGAUUAGGCCCGCUGCUGCCGUAAAUAGGCCGGGGCUUUACCGAGCGUCAGGGCAAAGCGGCUUACGGGACUCGAGGAGAACCGGCGGGGGCGGGGGGGGCGGGCGGCGGCACCCCCGCAAACCCGUGAUGCGGGAGCGCCGCACCCCCGCGGCCGCGCCCGCCGGGCCGUGGGCAUCCCUGCGCCCCCGGAGCCCGCCCGCGCCCCGCCGUGCGGGCACCCCCGCGAUCCGCGGCGGGGAUACCCCCUGCACCCCCCCGCACCCUGUGCUGCGCCCCCGAAGUGCGCGCAGCCCGUACCCCCCGCUCGGGGUGCCCCCCGUGUCCCCGUACCCCCCGCUCGGGGUGCUCCCCGUGUCCCCUGACCCCGCUCGGGGCCCGAGCCCCCCCAUCCCCCCGCCGGUCCCGCCGCCCGCCCGGGGCCGUCACGCGGCCGCCGUGGUUGCGCCACCGGCCGGCGCUGCCCGUUGGCCGGGCCGGGGCCGCUGCGGCACCGGAACAGCGGCGGCACCGCGGCGGCACCGCACCGGCACCGCACCGGCACCGCACCGGCACCGCCUGCCAGGCACCGCCUGCCAGGCCGCGGCACCGAGCCCGUACCGGCAGCACCGCGCGGUGCCGCACGGGUCCCGGUGCCGGUGCCGGUACCACAGUGACACCGCACGGGUCCCGGUGCCGGUGCCAGUGCUGAAGGACCCCUCCAAGCCCCAAUCCAAAGGGAAUUUCUGGACCGUGGACAUUUCCCGCAUCCCCCCGGCGGCGCUCAAGCUCCAGAACACCGCGGUGGCCCGGGCCCCCCAAAAUUCCAAUUUUUCCAUCGAUUCCCUGCUCCGGGACCACCCUGGCGACCCCAAAUCGUCACCAAAGAUUUGGGGACAGCUUUGGGGACAGCUGCCCACGUCCUACAGCACGGCGGUGGCGCCCAACGCGGUGGCACCCAUGGGGGAGCCCCCGAGCCCCCCGGAUUUGGGGGAGUCGGGGGCGCCCCCCAACAAAAGCGUCUUCGACGUGUGGCUGAGCCACCCCGGGGACAUCGCCAUCAGGGGGUGA